AUGUUAGAAAUCAUAGACGGUAAGUUAUCCCUCAACAAUUCCAAUAGUAUGAACAUCAUUACUAACAAAUCAUGGAUAGACGAUGAUGCAUUGAAAGAUAUGUGUCCCAUCUGUAAAACAGAUAAAUAUUUAUCUCCAAAUAUGAACUUCCUAAUCAACCCUGAAUGUUAUCAUAAAAUAUGUGAAUCAUGUGUUGAUAGAAUAUUUGCACUUGGACCAGCACCAUAUCCGUAUGCCAAAUGUGGAAAGAUCUUACGUAAGAAUAAAUUUAAAGAACAGAUAUUUGAUGAUUUAAGAAUUGAGAAGGAGAUUGAUAUUAGAAGAAAAGUUGGGAAUAUAUAUAAUAAAACAGAAGAAGAUUUUCCUGAUUUGAAAGAAUAUAAUAAAUAUCUUGAAAAUAUUGAAGACAUUGUAUUUAAAUUGAACAAUGGGGUAGAUGUUGAAGAAACAGAAGCUGAAUUGGCUAAAUAUGAACAAGAACAUAAAUUAGAAAUCUUGGAGAAGAAUAUGCGAGAAUCACAAAAGAAUGCCGAUUUAUCGAAAUAUCAAGAAGCUAUGGAACGAUUAAAACAAGAGAAAUUAAGAAUUCAGAAACAAAUGGAAAUUGAAGAUAUGGCAUAUCAACGAGAACAACAACAGGAAUUGUUGGAUAAGAUGACCACGUCGUCAGCUAGUAGUGAUGAAUUGAUAAAACAACAACAAAGUAAUAUGUUAAAGAGAUCUUCACUUCGGAGAAAACAACUUCAACAAAUUAAUAAUCAAUUGGAUCAACAAUUUAGUAACACCAAUCCAUUCCAGAAACAUGUUAAAGAUUUAGAGAAUGAAUAUAAAACACCCUUCACUCCCUUUAAGGGCGACCGUGAUCUUAAUAAGAAAUAUGAGAUGUUGCCUAUACCCAAUACAGUUGAUGAGAUUAUGGAUAUAGAAAAUCAUAUUAAAGAUAGUUAUUAUGAUCCAUUUAUGAACCUGUUGGCCAAGAAUAAAGAGUAUUUGGCCUCUGGGUGGAGAUUACAUACGGUGAUUGAAAGAGCACUAGACGAAGCAUUUAUUGGAUUGGGAUGUAUUAUUGAAAAGGAAAAGAAAACGACGACUGUAUAG